GAGUAUGUGCAUGCCCCGUUUCUGAACGGUGUGCCAGGUCUCCGUCCUGUGGGUGGGUAGGUAGGUAGGCGAAGGUUAUGGUUUGAUACCGUUGUAUGCGGGUUUAGAUGGGCUAAAGAAUAAACAGGAAGCAGGCAAAACGCAAAACUUAACUUUUUGUUUUUUUAAAAAUAAAUCUUAAAUGAACACCCAAAACAAUAAAGGUUUUAGAGGGACUUUGUUGUUCAGAACCUUUCCUGAGUAGCAAGUGAUGGAUGGUUGCGUAAAAGAACAGAAAUCUGGUGAAUAAUUAUAUGGCUCUAGAAAUAAUGUUUGGUGUUAUGAAAGUUUAUCGAUCCAAGACACCACCAUCGUCUUGUCAGGAAGGAAAACUGAAGAGAUUUGUCUCUUACAAACAAAAAACUCUUGCAUUGAAGUGGUUUUGGACCAGAAAGGUGCACCACGUAACAUGAAGAGUGAAGUGUCUGCAGCAUUGUAGAUCUGAAGCUAGCCAAAAAGAGUGAGAGGUUUUGCCAGAAAGAAAGCCCGAGGGGCAAUUACUGGUAGGCAUAGGUGAGGUAAGAAUAUAGAUGCUGCCCAAGUACAGCGAUGUACCUUUCUGGAAAGUGUUUUUUGGUUUUCAUCCUUCAACCCUUGAGUAGUGUUGAUUAGACCAAACUUCUGUUCUUCCUUCCAGUUUCAUUUCUAGGGCAAUGUUUUAAGAAAUCUGCUUUUUGCAGUGAUCCAGAGAUGUUUAAGUAAUGUCUGAUGCACUGUUGAGAGGAAUUCAAUAACUGUGUGUGGUGCACACGUGUAUAGUUCCACUAAUGAGAAUAUAAAUAUUAUGGCUUCGUGGCUGUAAAUAAAAGGGGAAGUUUUGCUGGAAAACCAGUGCACUGGUGGGAGGCAGUCUAAGCAACAUCCCCUCGUCUGUGUUAGCUGAAAUAGUGAUGGUACUUUGAACAUCUAGAUCUGUACUGGUGUUCUAGCACCAGGUAUUAAGUUACUGUGAUACAUAAAGCAACUAGCGUGAGGAGAACAUAAAUUGGAAUGCAUCGACUAUAUGCAGUUACAUAUAGCAGGAAAAAUACAUCUUUUUUUAUAUAUUCUGUCUUUAUAGUAGCAUAUUAAAUUCUGGAUCUUCGGUAUGUGAAGAUGAUUGUUGCAUACACAUAAGGCAUGUCAGUAUUCUCCAGUAAAUUCAGAUUGCCUGUGCGGGCCUAAAUGAUGAUAAAUGUAUAACGCAGAAUGAGUUAACAGUGUGAGACAGUGCAUUUCAGACCAUUGGUUUACGUUAAUUGAAACGUUGCAGGCACUAGGUAACGUUUGACUGAUGAAGUUUGAAUUCAGUCUUCAGCAUCUUAGACUUGUUACAAGAAAACUUGGGGAAGUAGAGAGAAAUUGGGACUCAGAAUUCUGAGGCACAGUUGUGUUAAGUUUGGGAAGAUUAAAACUAUUGAAUGGUAGCUUAACCUGAGAAUUUAGAACUAACCUGUCCCUUUGUUAUUUUUACAUAGAUAAAAUGCUGCUUUCUCUGCAUAGGACAUUGAAGCUGCCCUACGGUACUCUGUCUAGUGGCUGCUGCCCAUCCAUCAAGAACUGGUAGUAUUUGAGUGGCGCUGUCUAAAGUAAUUUGGAAUACUUUCAGGAUGUGAUGUGCCAGAAAGAAGUAAAUGACUACUGAAAUAAUAAAAAGAUAACACUCAGUAUUCACAACUAGAAGGAAAAGGAAGAAUCUCCUGACUCUGUGGACAUCAAAGAUAUCAUUAUGUUUAUUGGAUGAGCUUGAACUAGACAAGACUUCUUUUCGAAACAGUUCAGAAAGUGAGCGUGCCUGAGGGGAGAGGAACACAAGGGAGGAGAGACAAUUGAACAUCACCAUUGGCCGAGACCUGAAAAAAUGGUGCUGGAUGAACAAAGGAUUAGAACUUAAUUGUGAAAGGGAAAUAAAGUCUUGGCAGGCGAUUUGCUUCAUUUCCGCAUUCAUCAUGGCCCAAAUCCUCUGGCUGGCUGGUUGAUGGGACUGUCCAACGCUUCCUGCUUGGAUUCGGUUCAGAUCCCCUCUGUCUACAGAUUGAAAAACCUGGGAUCAGGUAGGAACUGGAUGGUGCCAAAUACAGGGAUGGAAAGAGAAAUGGACUCUGGCGAGCUAAGAUGGAAGUGACUUGACAGCUCCAAGCUCAGCAGUUGUCUCCAGUAAGGACAGGUUAAGACGGGAAUCUCAAGCUUCACUGGGAGAGCAGUAUGCAGGAAGCUGGUUUUCAGGCCACAAAUGCUUUCACAGAGUGCAAAUUCACCUGCGCCAGUGGUAAAUGCUUGUAUCUUGGUUCAUUGAUUUGUAACCAACAGAAUGACUGUGGGGAUAACAGUGAUGAAGAGAACUGUCUGCUUGUAACAGAGCAUCCACCUCCAGGCAUCUUUAGCUCUGAACUGGAGUUUGUGCAAAUCAUCAUUAUAAUUGUGGUUAUAACUGUUAUGGUGGUAGUGAUCAUCUGCUUGUUGAACCAUUACAAACUCUCGACACGCUCCUUUAUCAACCGACAGAGCCAAAGCAGAAGACAGGAAGAAACUUUGCAGACGAUCAUGUAUGCUCCAAGGUCCAGGGACAGGUUUACCGCCCCAUCUUUUAUGCAGCGGGACCGUUUCAGUCGCUUCCAGCCCACUUACCCUUACAUGCAGCAUGAGAUCGACCUUCCUCCCACCAUCUCCCUCUCGGACGGGGAAGAGCCGCCGCCGUACCAAGGCCCCUGCACCCUGCAGCUCCGGGACCCGGAACAGCAGAUGGAGCUCAACCGGGAAUCUGUCCGGGCACCACCCAACCGAACCAUUUUUGAUAGCGACUUGAUAGACAUCUCCAUGUACAAUGGGGGCCCCUGCCCACCCAGCAGCAAUUCGGGCAUAAGUGCAACCAACUAUAGCAGUAACGGAAGGAUGGAAGGACCACCCCCGACGUACAGUGAGGUCAUGGGGCAUUACCCAGGCUCCUCUUUUUUCCAUCACCAGCACAGCAACGCGCCUCCUUCCUCGCAGAGGGGGAGCAGACUUCAGUUUCAGCAGAACACUUCAGAGAGCACAAUAGUCCCCAGCAAAGGCCAAGACCGGAAACCAGGGAACCUGGUGUAAGGCGCUCGCCCAGGUGCGUUUGGACUGAAGAGGAGGGACUGAAGCAGAGCGGUGGAGGAAGGACCCCCAUGCUCCGGUGCACAAUGUUGUUAACGUUUCACGUGGUACAACUUAGUAAAACCAAACGUGCAAACCAGUUCUUUGUUUCUGAUUCCUUUCAGGGGAAUUGCAUGCAAAGCAGAUGGAAAGAAAUACAAACUUCCAUUCAGUUUGUCUACGAGCAGUGUUUCAGGGGAGAGGGGGGGGAUAUAUUAUUUUUUUUUUUAAUAAACUAUUUCAAUUAUUUAAUUGUAAAAGUUAACUUAGCACAGAAAUGAGGCUUGUACAGCCUGUUUUAUACUCACUGAAUGGCAGAAGGAAGAAGGUGGUUUUGCUAGAUAAAUGGGGGAAGAAUUGGCCAGUUUGCUUUUUUUUUUCUCCCAGGGUGUGGAUUUUUUUUUUUUUUAAUAUGAAACAAAAUUCCUGUUUUGUGUGCCAAGGUAUAAAGUUGAGAACUUAGAUGAAUGCAAGGAAUUAAUUUGUGUUGUGAUAAAUGUGUUUUUAAAAGUUGCACUAUCUUAAUGUUUAAAAAAAAAUAUAUAUGAGGGAACUGUUUUAUGUGAAGUUCUUCUAUAUGUUGUCUUUUCACCUGUGGAAUAGAGUCCCAGAAGUAAUCUGGAGGAGUUUGCCUCCCUCCCCCCGGGUUUGCUAGAAAAAGGGGACAGGACUUAGCCUAACAUCUCUUGACUUUUACAAAUCAAGAAAUACAGGGACACUCGUCUUUGCAAUAAUUUGCAUUCAAAUAACAGUGCAUCAAUGAAGUGUCUUGGAGACUUUUGGAUGGAAGACGGCAAAUACGAAAUCCCAGCAUUUUCCACCACUUAGGGUUUAGCUGUUUUGCAGUGUAGACUAUUUGUUUCGUAAACAGCAAAACGAAAUCCCAGAUGUGUUAAUUUGUAUUGAUUCUUACUAAGUGCUGCCAUUCUUUUCCUUUUCAUAACGCAGUAACACCAGUACUGACAGUUUUAGAGAUUUUUGUCCUCACUGUAGCCUGAAAUGUAUUUAGUUACAUAUCAUGACAUUAUGCAAUAAAUUGUUUAAAAAUGCAAGGUGGGUUUUUUCCCCUGCAAUGCUGUUAAAGUACGUGAGACUCUUGUGCUUCUCGCUCCCCAUUCCGUCGGUUAGAUACUGCAGCUCAGUCCCGGAGAUCCAUCCCGUUGAAGUGAAGGGGCCCCCGUAGCUCUCACCCCCCGUGCAGUUUGCGCAGCGGUACCGAGAGCGCUCGUGACCGUGGUGCUGGCUUCUCUGGCGUCCCUGGCAGUGACCGGUUAUUCUCACCACGAACCAUGUUUGCUCUGGGCCCUGCUGUGGAAACCCUCCUCCGUGCGUGUCGUAGGGCUGAGGCCAGCAGGAGCUCUGCUCAUGGGUAAAGGUGACUCGCCUGUUAACUGUCUGUAAGCCCUAGUUUUGCCACGCUGGUCUUCAGAGUAGUUGGAAAGUGAUAACCUGGCUGUGAGGUGGCCCGUGGGGCGUUUCUUCCCUGGCUGUUUCAUGGGGGGGUUGGCCAAUGGUGGUAGUGGCAUCACAAGCACAUGAAAAAGCACAACUUGCACUUAAAAUGCAUUUCGGAAAUGGACUUAAAGUAAGAACCUUUAGAGUCUUAGCUCAAAUAGUUUCUAAUAUACGUGUACAAGUACGUCAUAGACCUUUCCACUUUACGAUCUUUCACUUCUUUCUGUUCUGUUAAGCCUUGUGCUUGGCUGGGGGCAGCAGCCCUGGGGGUGCUGUGGGGGCUGCGUUGCCCGAGCGCCUGGUCCCGUGGCUGGAGGCUGGAUUUCUGCAGGACUUCUGUGCCCCGGGGGCUCGGAUAACUGAAGUGCAUCUUUGAUCUAUGCAGAGUUUUAAUGCCAAAACAGUAUGCGUGUCUGUGUGCGUGUGUUUUACGGGCCUCAGCGUAGAUUAUUUUCUUCAUAAGGCAGUUGGGUUUUAUUCUAGUUUAGAACACGUUUGUGUAACCGUUAGUCUGAAUAUGCACCCUCAUUUGUCUCUGUAAUUGUUUUUUUGGUCUGAGUCACGCUGGUGAUGCAGAGCAAAGCUGCCUUUUAAUUUAUGUGUUAUUUGAAGAGAGAGAUUGUAUGAUGGGAUUCACUUAUUUUGUUUCCACUCGGGCUCAGAGGAGAGGUGUUUAGGAGAUGACUAGGUGGCUAUCAGUCAUGUCUGGUUCCUGGGAAUAUAAGCUGUGAAAUUAGAUUUUUGCAAACAACCUAUUAACAUAUUUCUUAGUUUAAAAAGCAAAACAAAACAAGAGCAGAAGACAAAACUAGCAAAUACUGGUAUUGUUCUUCAGUGACUUUUGUUGUCCUUCAGAAGUGAGCUUUUAGGUCGGAGAAAGUGUGUGCCUACACAAAUAAUUUGCUGUUGCCUAAAUGAGGAUUAUUUAGCCGAGAAGCCUUUAGGUAAGAACAGCUGGAACUCAGUUGUCAUGGCAGAGCACACCUGGACUGGGCCCUGGGCUUUGGCCAGUUGAGUACCAACUUUUCCCCAUGCACAGAUGUCAACAAAGUGAGCCUUGAAGUUGUCUUCAGAGUCACCUCUUGGGAAGGUGCUUUCUUUGAAGACAGCCCUUUGCCAUCUUUUGCCAUCGCUGCAUGUCAGUGGAGUUACACACUUCCCAUUAACAUCAUCUGCUGAUUGACGCGUGCGCUGUUGUCUCUUAAUUUUUCUUUGUGUGGAAAAUGUAACCUGUUCCAGUUCUGUAGAAAAGAUUUGUUUAAAAAGAACUUGGUAUUUGCUCAACUAAUGGCUGCGUUUCCUCUUGCAUCUUCUCUUUCUCAUCACUUUCUGCUGUCCAAAGCUGAUGUGCAGCCAGUAGACCUGUCGGCUCUGAAAGCAUAGUCAGCUGUUGUUUGCUAUAGGUGAGCUUGCAAUCUGCUGCUGUUGGUUUGGGGGCUCUUACAGGAGUAAAUAAGGUAUUUUCUGAUGAAUAGUAGUGACCUCCAAUGGGAGUCCCACCGGUUGCAACAGUGUGUUUUUCUGUUUUCUUCUUUUGUUGCAGUGAGAGAGAAUGUGCCCUCGCUAACACAACAAAGUGGUAAAAGCAGGAAUAUCAGACUUAGCACUAUCAGUCUGUACAGGCUUAGAAGUGUGAUCUCUGAAGACAGGUAAUUCUAUGAAGCACUUAUGGAAAACUCCCUUUGGAGAUAUCCAAGAUUAAUAAACUGUUCCACAGCCACUCAAAUGAAGCUUUGUAAAUUAUAAAAGAUUUCUGCAAACAUUGUAGAGUUAAUUGUGUAGACUAUACCUCCAUACUGGUUUAUGUGUAUCAUGCACAAACCCUACAUAAUAUGUGUGUGGAGUUUUCUAUAGAAUCAUAGAAUCAUUCAGGUUGGAAGAGACCCUUCUAUGUGAUGGAUCAUAUUAGCCUGAAUUCUGGUUGCAUCUCCUGACCUUUACCCAGUGACCCAUCUUCUCAAAAUUCAGUCCAGUCAUGUCCCCACUCUAGAAAUUUUCAAGUUAAAAGAUUUAUUUUUCAAAUGUACCUUUAAGAAAGGAAGCAUUAUGACCUCUAUCCUACCACAAAUGUUAAUUUUUCCCCCUCUGUGGCUUGGCAUGGCUCCCUUCUUGGUGCUAAGUAUGCCCCAUCUUUGCUCUUUCCCUAUGACCUUGCAGGGCUAGAAAAGGCAGGGGUUUAGUCACAGAAAAGAGAUUUCUCUGCCAGUUUCCCAAUGGAGCACUCAGCUCAGAUUCUGGAUGUACGUGUAGCCUGGUUGUGGUUGGGUUCAUCCCAGGGCUGUACAAGCAGGAUCUUUGUAUGUGAAGCUGCUUUAAAGGUGUAAGUGGGUAAUGAGACGACUUGUACCCAUUGAGCAGAGCCGUGCGCAGGCGCCUUUCCUGGCGUGUGGCACAUAACAGAAUUCAUGGUACUUCACAUAAUAGAUUGGUUUUGUCUGGGAGGACCUAAUUAAGCUACUGAUGAACUCUGCACUUAACACAGUCUCAGUCUGAUAUCACUUUAUUACAGCAUGCUAUUUCCUUGUGAUAGACACGUGUCCCAUGUACAAGUUCUUGAUGGCUAGUGAGGAAGGUAUUUACAUUCCUGCAGUCGUGGAAUCUGCAGGAGCUGUGGGUCAAGCUGUGCUUCAUUUGGCUUUUUAUUAUUGCUUGCCUACUUUUCCCAUCAAUUUGUCCCAGCUGGAAGCUGCUUCUGUUAUCCCAGAAUAAUCCUAAAUAAUACAGUAAUGAAUAAGUAAUGAAUUUUUGCGUUGCAGAAAUAUUAGAAGUGUUGCUGAGUUGUUGGGUUUUUUUCCUGUGAAUGUUCAGGGAAGGGCAAGGAGUGAAAUGACAUUGUUUCUGAAAGAAUGCACUUUCUUUGCAGUAGGGAAGAAAGCCUUGUGCUGCUGGAGAGUCCCAUGCGUAGGCUGUCUGGAAUGGCACUGUCUGGAGCAGUCCUUUCAAGCCCUGCUGGGUAGUGAGAUACUGGACCUUAAAACUGACACUCUGAUCUGGAAGGAAUGUUGGGAUGGUCUGGAGAAAAUUGAUUACUCACCUUUCUCUGACUCUGAGCCCUGAAUGCUCAUGGUAACUAAGGCAACCUGAUUUCUUGGGCAAAGAAAAAGAAAGUAGUAUGCUGGUGAAAGUAGAUAUGCUCCAAAAUUGUUCUUUGGGUUUUUUUCCCUUUCCCUUUCCUUUUUUUUUUUUUUUUCUGACUUCCCCAAAGGAUAAACAAUAGACUUGCUGGUACAUUUGCAGGUAUUUAGAAUUAUUUGUAAGUUCUCUCUUUACCAUUAAGUCAUGUCCAUGCACGUGUGUGUGUAUACAUACCCACAUGUGAACUUGUGCCUGUAUCCACCCCCUGAUUAUCUCCUUAUUAGUCACUGUACCGUAAUCACCUUCCAGAAAUGCUAAAUGUGCUCUCAGGAACAACGACAGGUCAUUUGUCGAACAGCUGGAGGCAUGAGGAAUAUUUGCUUUUCAGUCCUGUAAAUGUCAUGGCCCUGUUUUUAUCAGUAGGGGUGGUUUCUUGCUGUGCAAAGUCUUGCCUGUGACCCGGUGCACUAGUGCAUCUUCCAUCCAACAGCUUUCUCCUUUUCGGUGAGCUUUGAAAAAAAUCCUUGUGCUUUUAGGACAACCCUAAUGUAGACCUCAUGCAUGGAUGUACGGGAAGGAAAUGUACGUCGUGUACUCUGAAUCGCAGAAGCAUGUUUUGUCAAACCUAGCUGAUGUUGGGAACCAAGAGAUCCAUUUGUACGGUGGGUUCAGAUGAAGGCUGGCUUUUGAUUAUGUCUCUGCUUUUUAGAUAAAGGCUGCUGCAAAGAAUUUAAUUACACAUAUCUGGGUUUUGGUUUUUUUCCUGCACUGUGUUGCCUGCUUCCCAACCAGUGUGAUUGUAACUUUUCUCCUAAAUUAGCCCCAAAUGUGUCAAUUGUUUAAGUUCCUGGAGAGGGGUACUCUUAAUGAAUUGACCUGUAGAGGCCUCUUAGAGCAUGGAAAAGUCUCUUGUGAGGUUGUGUUGAACUUACAGGGGUGUCCCGUCCGAAGACUCUGUUCUGUAUGUUUCGUUAGGAAAUUAAAGCUUUGAGAAUUGCCCAGCUGAAAAUGUUGGUUGGUAAGAUUUAUUUAUUUAUUUUUUAAUACUUAAUAUAUUUGCCAGUCUUUGCUCAUCAAUCAGAGGUGCAACUUACCUUCUCACCCACCUCUGAUUGCCGUUGCUAAGCUGGCAAAAGCCCCAUUGGGCACACUUGCACCAGCAAAAAAGGGUCAUUUUCUUGGAUCAGCUCCGCUUGGGGAAUCAGCAGAAGCUGCACCACUAAGUUCAGCCUCCAAAACCAACAUCAGGCCUGCACUGCCUCUUCCCAGCAAACUCAGCUGUAGGUGAUGGCUCGGUUUCCAUGAAGUGCUUUACCAAGGCUAGUCAGUACCACAGCCACACAGUGGGGAAGGCUACUGGUGUCUCCUUGAAAUUGCAGCUGUUUGCAUUAAAUACAUUUCAGGGCUGCUCGUGCAGUUUUUGUAACCGCUCAUGACACUUCUCCUCCUUUCAAACGAGAAAACUGAGCGUGAUUUUGUGUUGAGAAGUGUUGCAAACUCUCCUGGCUCUUACUUCUGCCUUGCUGUUGUCUCUGUUUUAUUUUUAGACUGAACGCAAGCAACCUGGGUAUUGCUAGUGUCCCUUUCCUGCUAGAGAAGAGCUUACCUUUUUAUGUUGGUUAACGAUAAAGAAACAAACUUAUAACCUGGAUACUUCCCCCUUCCCUCCGACAACCACCCUGUGUGUGAUUUCCUGCCGGAGAUGACUCUGUCAUUUCUUUGCUGUAUUGCUGCUGCUGCUGCUGUUUUAAAUGGUUUGGUGUGUGAGCUUUCUGAAACAACGUGGUGUGUGUAGGAUCUCGUGGGUGACAAAAGCUGUCUCUUUUCUUCUUCCUUUCUCUCCUUGGUUUGUGCUUGUCUGUCCGCUGUGGUAGGGUUAUUAAUAAAUUAUAUCCGUCCGUAUUAGAUAUAAUUUUGAGGAGGUUUGCAUGUCAGUAGUUUGUAAGCAACUAAGGUGCCUCAUGUUCAGGUCUGAGCAGAUAGGAAUCCCCUUGCACUUGAGAGGGCCUGAUCCAAAGCCUGGUGAAGUUGGUAGGAAGACUCUUGCUGACUUCAGGGGGCUUUGGAUCAGGCCUUACGCUCCCACCUUUGUUGUGCCUCACUUAAAAUGGUGCUUUUUCAGUUGUCUGUCUUUUUUUGUUUUUUUUUUUUCUUUGUAUGGUGCUGUGUAUAACUUGAAUAUAUUAUGCACAUAUCCUACCCAAUGGGUAGAACAAACAAACAUACAAAAACAAAUAGAAGUUGUUAAUACUGUAAGAUAAUGUAUAGAUGAUACCAAUUUUAACACAAAAAAAAAAACAUGGCAUAGACUUUGUGAAUGCCAACUUCUGUGCUUGGUCCUUUUUUGUAAGAAAAUUUGCAGAUGAAUGCAUACAAAUGACAAAAAGUCUAUGUAUUUUAUUUUCCUAUUAAAUAUCAAUAUAAUAUCACAUAAGGGAAAAAGUUUGAACAAAUCCUUUUUGACUAGCCUGUGUAUAGCAAUUGGUCGUUUGAUGCAUCUUUGCUAUGAAGAUUUGUUUUUUUUUUUAAAUGUGUCACUUUAAGAAAAAGGAAAAAACACAAAACAAAACCUCCACAGCUUUAACCUUGCAAUUAGAUGCUUCUUGUAUUGGUUGUUGCCUUGCUAUUGCUGAGUUGGACCAGUAUUAUUCUUCAGCAGAUAAUGUUAUUUAUUAUCCUUGGUUACCUUUUUUUUUUUUUCCUAACUUAGGAACGGUCUAAAAACUUUCGAAUCUUUUUAUCCACAUCCUAGAUUUGAAGUGAAGCUCAGACUAGUGGGAACUGACCCGAACCAUCCCUGCAAAAUCAAAACUAGGCCAACGAGAGUUUUGUGAGAACAGCCAGCCCUUGCUCUAUGUCCUCUGCUGGUACGCGAUCCUGCCACUGCGAAAACUCUCUGAAGGUUUGGUGUGUAGCUGGGACUGGUGGCAGACCUGUGCAGCUGGAGGGUGCAAGCUUUUCAGGGUGGGUGAGACGAGCCGUGGUUGGUGGUGAGCUGAAGGCAGGCUGUGAGCGGGAGCUUGGGAUGGGCAGCUGACAGCAAUGGCUCAACCCGGGUUCAUAGUUAAGAUUAUUUAGGAGAAAUGCCUAAACCUGUUUAGACCCAGUGUGGGAAGCACUGUGGGAAGUGAUCCAACACUGUUAACUCUCUGCCAGGCUCCCCCAGCUGUGUGGUUCUCCCCUGGUGUCUCCGUGCAUUCGGCUGUCCAUCCCCGUGCCCCCACACGGGCUCUUCAGUAAAGCAAAUACCUCAGGAAAACUCAACAUGAAGUUCUAGUGUAGAGACUUGCAGAUGCUGUACUUAUUUUUCUAAACUGUUUGUUCUAACUACGCCAGGACAGUAGGUGAUGUAGAAGUUUACCAGUCCGAGACAGACUCGUCCUCUCACGGAUGGAUACCGACUAAUCUUUCAUAGAUACUCGUGUCAUUUUGUAGCUUUUUUAAUACGUGUCAGGCUUUAACCACAGAUGGAAGGUAGCAACGUGAUGGGAUAUGUUUGAGAUGGCAUUUUGUUUGGAUUUUCAGAUGACUAGCGAAACGCUACGCUAAAACUCAGGGGGCCUUAUCUGGGGCCCGGUGAAGUCAAUGGUGAGGCUUCCUCUGGUUUGAGUGGGCUUUCGGUCUGGUCCAUCAUGCUUGAGGAUGGUGCCUUGGAGCGCAGUCCUUCCUGACUUCUCUGGUGACCUGACACUUCAGCUACACGUUUGUCUGUAAAUAUCUUUUUAAAAGCCCUCACAGGAGUCUUGUGUCUGAAUGUUGACCAUGGUUAUUUUCUUUUUUUGUUUUAAAGAAGCGUGUCAGUUUUUAUGGCCAGUUCUGCAUCAUCAAGCCCUUACAGGUCGCUUGUGUCCCUCCCUCUGUAUACAGAGCUGUUUUAUCCGUAAGCACGUACCAUAGGGAAAUGCGCAUAUUUCAUGAUAGCCAUUAGUUAACUCAUUUAUUAUUUGUCAGGACAUAAAGUAAUUGUUUUGGAAGUAUGCCUUGCCUGGCCACGUUCACGUUUCUGUUUGCACUGCAGUACCACUUCUGUGCAUGAAGGAAGAAGAACAAACAAAAAACCCCAGGCCUUGACUAGGAAGGCUCUACAGAGUAAACCUCCUGCUGGAGGAAUCUAGGGUAGGAUUUAUCAUAACAAAACUUGCAUAUUGAGUGGACCAAACAUGAGCAUGUCUCCUUUUAGAGGCACUAAUUUGCUUUGAAGCUGUAGUGGAAAGAGCAGACUGUCUAUUACGUGUACUCACAGCUGCGUUCAUGCUUUUCCAUUUACCACGAAGCACAGCAGGCAGCCAAGAUUUUUAAAGAAAUAUAAGCAGAAGUUACAAGGGCCUCAGGCAUCGUAGACCUGGAAAGCAAAAAUAAUAAUAGUAAUAAAAAUAACUUUAAUAUGCUUUAACAAAGCUUUUCUACUUACAGUACAAAGACCACAUUAGCGUCGAUAGGGGUUUUAUCUUUGUAUGGCUAUCAGCUGCCCGACGCUGCUGUGCUCAGAGCAUUUCACGUUGGUAUGUACAUCAGUCAGGCUGUUACACUUAAAAUUAACCAUCAAAUACCUGGUUUUAGAGCAUUGACCCUUUCUUUGUUGUUUCUUGCUAGUUAUUUUACAGUGUAAAAUGCUUUAUUGCUAUAUGGAUUUUUUUUUGUAUUUCCGACAUUGUGGCUUCCAAGAUCAUGUUUUCAACACGUCUCUUAUUUUUGUCCAUUUUGUUUCAAGCUAUUCUGAAAUAUGUACAGCACUAUCAACAAUAUUUAAUCUUUCUUUUAAAUUUUAUUGUUGUAAAAACAAAGCUAUUAAAAGCAGUAAGUCUUUUUACAACUGUAUUGGAAUUUCUCAGUAGCUGUUCAUGUGACGCUAUGACAAACCUGGCUUGCUUUAAUUUUUUUAAAAUUUUAUUUUCCUUUUAACACAAUUAGUUUGUUGCUUUUUUUCCACAGUAACUCCCAGUUAUAUACAGGAAAAGAUUUCAACUGUUGUGUAUCUGACUCUUUUAAUUGAGCAAAUGGUGAUGUCCUAGUUUUUAGACCUAAGGUCUGUUUAUUGCAAUACUUUUAAAGGAAGAUGUUGCUCUAAGUGCUGUUGUUAGUUUUAAAUACAGAUUUUAUGCUUGUUCUUAAUAUGCUGUGGUUAAACCAUGGCACAAAAUUAUUAAAAAUCAUGAAAUGCA